UGAACGUGUUCUUUGAUUCACGACCAUGAGGACAGUCCUCUUGUUCCUUGUUUUGGGCAGCCUGUCCUUCUGUGUCCUCUGUUUAUGUCCUCAUCAGACGCCGGGACUCAGGAGAUGGUCCCACGGGUCCAGCUGGCCGGGUAAUAAGAAACCUGGUACACAUGCCCGAGUGGUCAUCACUGAUGCCAUACUGCUGGACGAAUCCCCACCGGAACUGUCCAGUGUCACCAUAGAAACGGGAGGACGCCUCGUGUGGAGCCCGGAUGGAGAUUACAAUCUGACAACCCAGUAUAUUUUAAUCAAGGGGCGUUUUGACAUCGGCAGUGAUGACUGCAAGUUUAACAGAAAGGCCAACAUCACUCUGACAGGCGUUCGUGGCAAGUACAGGUACGUGAUGGGGCCUCACCUGUUCGGGGAGAAGUUUAUCGGGGUGGCUCCGGGUGGCACGUUGGAACUUCAUGGCAGAGAGAAGCUGUCCUGGACUAAACUGACCAGAACUCUGCCCAAACUGACCAGCGCCAAUGGACUGCAUUACGAACACAUAAAAAGCAACCAUAGUUCUGACGGGAGUUGGAAGAAGGGCAUUCAUGCCUACGUCAUGGAUGGCAGAAAUGGUCACGUGAUCGACUUUGCAAACUACAUCCUAGGGGAGUACAACAGUUAUUACUCCCCGAGGGACCCCAAGUCUCUGGCAGGGUUCAUCAACAAUACGAAGGAUGGUAACAUUAUCCUUCUGAGUGUAAAGACGAACCUCGUCGAACCACGGGUCAAUCUGACACCUGUAUACGAGGCCGUGGAGACACUUACUGAUGGACACGUGACCGGAAAUGGCCUCAUUAGAUCUGUCCAGAAAGGCGACGCAUUCGCCCUCAUCAUUCAGAAAGGGAAACCAGAAUCUUUAGAUCAGAAGAUCGGUGUUAACUACAAACUACGAUCACAGACUGCCAAGGUCAGUCUGACUCUCUGGGACAGACAUUUGAAGUUCUCCGUCAGCAGCCACAUCGACAACAAACACUCCUACUUGAACUCCGUCAACUUCAGGGUAUUGUCAACAACGGCUGCAUACCCCAUCCUCCAGGUCAUAGAUGAUGUGUCGACAUGGCAACCAGGUGACAAAGUCAUAGUGACGUCCACAGACUUCCAGUGGACCCAGACGGAGGAAGGCAGCGUCGUCAAGUGUGUGACGUGUCACCACAACCAAGUCCAGGUGGACU